AUGAAAAAGUGGAGAGUUCUACUCGGUUUUGGUAGUGAAACCGGUCAAUCAAAAUCGAUUGCUCAAGGAAUGGUUGAUAUUGCUUCGGAUCAACAUCAAAUAUGUGCAGAGGUUUUUGAUUUGGAUGAAGUUGAUAAACAAUUUAAAUUAGAAGAAGAACCAGUCAUGGUUAUUGUAACAUCAUCAACAGGUGAUGGUGAACCACCAAGUAAUGCAAGUAAAUUCUGGCGUAAAAUUCGUCGUGAAAAAAAUCCACAAUAUCUUUCACAUAUGAAAUACACUGUGUUAGGAUUGGGUGAUACAAAUUAUUCAAAUUUUUGUAAUUGUGGUCGUGUACUUGAUCGUCGUUUUGAGGAACUUGGUGCUACUCGAUUCUAUCCUUCCGCAUGGGCAGAUGAUGCUGUUGGUUUGGAUUUAACAAUUGAACCGUGGCUUGAAGGCAUGUGGCCUGCUUUAAAAGAAACUCUAGCUAAAAUUGGAAAUCCUACUGAAACAUCAAUAAAUAGUCUCUCUGAAUCUGUCACUCAAUUGAAUUUAACAUCAGAAAACAAACCAACAGUUGAACGACAAAUAUCAUCAUCAAAUAAAUUUAAAUCAGAUAUAGAUAAUAUAACUUAUUCAUCAAAUUUAGCUGAAUUAACCGUAUUAACAUUACCACCUAAACCUCAACAUUCAUUAUCGAUAAAUUUAAUUGAAUCAUCAGAAGAUAAAAAUCUGCCAUCAUCUGAAAUAAAUUAUCAUCAUUCGAUAUUAACUCGUCGAGAAUGUUUAACAAAUACUGAUGCAAUGAAACCUGUUAUGUCUGUUGAUUUACAACUUUCAGAAGAUGAAUUUAUGUUUGAAGCUGGUGAUGCAGUAAAAAUUGUUUGUGCAAAUGAUGAUAAUGAAGUUCAUCUUCUUUUAAAACGUUUAGGAUGGUUGGGUAAAGCAUCUCAUCAAUUAGAUAUUAGUAUAUCUCCUGAUAAUACAAAAAAAUCAGCUAAAAUUCCAGCACAUAUACCACCAAUGUGUUCAUUGCAAUAUGCCUUAACAAAUUGUAUUGAUAUUCGAUUAUCACCGCGGAAAAAUAUAUUAAGAUUAUUUGUUGAUUGUACAAGUGAUGAAGAUGAAAAACGUCGUUUAGAAGAAUUAUGUAGUAAAGAAGGUUCGGAAAUUUAUAUAAAAUAUAUUCUUGAAGAACAUCUAUCAAUUCUUGAUAUUCUAAAUCAUUUUCCAAGUUGUAAGCCAGAUAUUGCGAUAUUAAUCGAAUUUUUACCAGCAUUAAUGCCUCGAUUUUAUUCAAUCUGCAGUUCACCGUUAGAUGAUACUCGACGUAUAACAUUCGUUUAUAGUGUACUCAAAUUUGAACCUGUAAAUGGUCGAACAUACGAACGAUUUGGUGUUUGUACGAAUUGGUUAAAUAAAAUUGAUAUUGGAACGAAGGUCUCAAUUCAAACAAGAAUUAGUCAACAUUUUCGAUUACCGUUAACUCUUGAUACACCAUUGAUUAUGAUUGGACCAGGCACAGGUGUCGCACCAUUUAUUGGAUUUCUUGAACAUUUAAAUCUUUCUUUGAAAUCAAUUGAUGGUUUUGAUGUGAAUAAUUUGAAUACCUGGCUUUUUUAUGGAUGCCGUCAUCGACAACAUGAUUUUCUUUUCGAAGAACAAAUUCAAAUGUAUCAACAAAUGAAUGUACUCAAACACUUCUUUGUUGCAGCUUCAAGAGAAGAAAAUUAUCCAUUCCGUUAUGUUCAAGAUCAACUUAAAGCAAAUGGAAAUGAAUUAGCAAAUUUAAUCUAUAAUCAAAAAGCAAUUAUAUACGUAUGUGGUGAUAUAAAAGUAAUGGUACGUGAUGUACGAGAAACAAUAGCUCAUCUACUUCAAGAACAUUUUGGUUUGUAUUAAUUGAAUUUUUUUGUUCGAAAAACGAAAUAUUUGUUUGUUAUUAUAGAUAUACCAAAUAUUGA